AUGUCUGCUUCAAACAUUGUUACUUAUGAUUUUAAAGCUAAUAUCUACUUUAAGGAGAUUUUGAUGCAAUUCUUUUAUUUUUGGAAUAAAGAGGAAGUAAAAUAAAAUAUAGUCAGUCAUUUCUUGAAUUUUAAAUCUUGAAAUCAUUAAAUAAAUAGAUUUAUAAUUUAAAAUAUUCCAACCUAAACUUAUAAAAUAAUUUGCCUCUGCUAAAUAGCCUUGUAGGUUUAGUAUAAAAAUUAAUUAAUAUUUGUAACUUUAGAAGACAAUUAUAAAUUUUUAAUAAUUUUAUUGGUAAUUAAGCUAAGAUUUAAUAAAAUCUCAAAGAUUGAUAACUAUUAAUGAAAAAAAAAAUAAUCAACUUUCAAUAAACAAAGAAACUUUCAAAAAAUUGUCUGAACUUAAAUUUGCUCAGAAACUUGAAGAAACAAUUAGUAAAAUUAAAUUGAAAUGCAUGAAUAAAAUAAAAAGUCUUUUAGUAUUGUUCUGGAAUAUAAAAGUAUAGAGGCUGGAAUAAUGUAGCUAAUGA